AAAAAACGCUCUCAAGUUUCACCGAUAAUCUCGCGAUACACAGGCUGCUUCCGGGACCUGUUGCUGUAGUCCUCAGCUGGGACUGUUCCGCUCGAGGAGCGAGAGGCUGGGAGAGGGUUGCUGAUAAAGCCAAAGAAGAGCCAUGUCGGAGCUGAGCGGGAAGGUCCAGACGGUUCUGGGCCUGGUGGAUCCGGAGCAGCUGGGCCGCACCAUGACCCACGAGCACCUGACCAUGAGCUUUGAGUGCUGCUACUUCCCUCCGCCAGCAGGUGACGAGGCGGUGGCGGAGAACCCGUUCCAGAUGCAGCACAUGUUCUGGCUGAGGCAGAACCCGUACAGCAGCCACGAGAACCUGCUCCUGCAGCAGGAGACCAGCGCCGUGCGGGACGAGCUGCUGGCCUACAGGAAGGCCGGCGGGGGCACCAUCGUGGAGAACACCACCACAGGCAUUGAUCGAGACCUGCCCACCCUCAGGCGGCUGGCCAAGGACACUGGGGUGCAUAUCAUCGGAGGAGCGGGGUACUACGUGGACUGCACCCACACAGAGGCCACCAGGAGAACGACUGUGGAGAAGCUCACUGACAUCAUCAUCAGCGAGGUGCUUCAUGGGGCCGACGGCACAGACAUUUGCUGCGGCGUGAUUGGAGAGAUUGGCACCAGCUGGCCAAUCACAGAGAGCGAGAGGAAAGUGCUGCGGGCCACGGCUCACGCGCAGGCCCAGCUCGGCUGCCCGGUCAUCAUCCACCCAGGCCGCAAUCCGGCUGCUCCCGCUGAGAUUGUCCGCACUCUCCAGGAGGCCGGUGGUGACAUCAGCAAGACCGUCAUGUCUCACCUGGACAGGACCAUAUUCGAUGAGGGCGAACUGCUUGAGUUUGCCAAGCUGGGCAGCUACCUGGAGUAUGACCUGUUUGGAACUGAGAUGCUGAACUACCCCUACAACCUGGAGGUGGACAUGCCCAGCGACUGCCAGAGAGUCAAGACCUUGGCCCUCUUGGUGAAGGAGGGCUACGAGGACAAGAUAGUGGUCGCACACGACAUCCACACCAAGAAUCGACUGACCAAAUACGGCGGACACGGCUACUCUCACAUCCUGAAGAACAUCGUGCCUAAGAUGCUGAUGAGGGGAAUCUCGCAGAACCAGGUGGACAAGAUCCUCAUCGAGAACCCCAAACGCUGGCUGACCUUUAAAUGAGGAAUGAAGGAGACCCACGGCUGUUUGAUGUAGCCAUUCUUUUAUCUUAAAAUGAUGCACACGGCACACUUAAUGCUUUAAUGAACGCUUUUUUGCACUAAUCACAGUUCAAACCGAUUUCUAAUAUGGAUUUUUGUACUCUGUGCCCUUAAAAUAUAAGCACAGCAAAAUGUUUUGGAGCGUCAUCCCUCUUUUGACAGAACAAGUUUUAAUUUGAAGGAAAAUAAUUGCAGACAUUUAUUUUAUCCAUGAGAGCGGAAAGUUUUUGUAGAGCUGUGACUGAAUCAAAACAUAAUUUUGUGUGUUUGAUUCAAGUCUGCACAGUAAGCAAAUUAUGUAAACAAGCCUCUCAAUAGCUGUCUUGUUUUGGUCCCGGGACAAUGAACACUCAUAUCCAGAAUGCUCCUUGAAGAGAGAGCAGUUCUUAUAUAUGUGAAGAGAUCAGAAUGUAAUCUAAGACAAAGAAAUUUUUUCUUUGGGGAUAUUGUCGGCAUUUUGCAGCGCUGCUCACAAAUAUGGUGCUAAAUGAUUAUCUUGGACCCUCAGCUGCUUUCAUUGUGUUUCUUAAUGAAAUUUCCACAAACAAUUUGCACAGAAUUGAAAAGGUGUAAUUCUUGUGUGUUGCUUUGAGAUCAGUAUGCUGCACUGCUCUCCUAACACAAGGUAGCUUUGUCAGAGGAGCUGUACUGCUGCCCCUCAGUGGGUGUCUGGGUGUCUCUGGGAGGCUGGCUGGCUGGCAGACCCAGAUGAAGGACAUGGUCUCCUCUCAUCUGGGAACAGGUGGCCUCACAGGGUGACUUCACCACAUGAUCAAUGGCAGCACCACUGCAGCCUGUGCACUGCAAGCCACUGUGGGACUUUGACAAAGCGUCUGGGAAGAUUAGAAAGUUACAUUUCACAUUUUUGACAUUUUAGGCAUUUCAGCUGACGAUGGCAUCCAGAGAGGUUUAAAAUCAGCGAACAAUUAGAAGUUCAGUGUCAAAGCUCAAAGAAAGUUCGACAGUAUACAAUGGCUGUGGUGACUAUCCAGUUCCGGGAUGGCCACACAGAUCGCCGUACUGAGAUAGACGAGUAAAAUAAGCCACAGCAAAGAUCACUUGGUGACAGUGCUCAAAUCCCAACACCAGAAUCAGCCUUUACUAUUUUCUCUUUUGUGCAAGUGGUUAUAUGCUGCACAUUUGAAAUGUCACUUAAUGUUUUUAUAAUCAUGCAACCCUACAUUUUGUAACAUUUUCACUCAAAAUGCAGGUAUCAAGCAUAUUGAGUAAUAAAGCACAUCAACUGACAAAUAACACAUUGAAAA